UACAACAAAGCUGCACACUGCACAGAGAGUGGGGUGAAAGGAUAGGAGAGGUGACAGCUCUUAGUCAGUUAGCAGUGUGUGACUAACUCUCCUGGAUAUAGUCGCCAUGACAAGAGCAGUUGGACAAUAACGACAAGACAAAAAGGAAGGAAGAAUUCAAGGUGGAAGAGGAGUGCUGUCGAAAUUUAGCAUUUGACACCAGAGGACGUAGUCGAAAGCGAGCAAAGGAGUUUACUAAGGCUGAUCCAUGGAAGCAAGAAGCCGGAGGCUGCAUUCUGUGAAAAACUCCUCUUUGCCAAAUUUCUAAAAAGCUCACACAAGUGUUGGCAGUGCAGUUUUUAGUCUUUUUGAGGGUUGCUUCCAGUGAGUGCCAUGCCUCUGUUCAGCUGGAUGAGGUGGUCGCAUGAGACAAGGGAGCAGACUCAUGAUGAAGUUUUGAACAGCUCAGGGGUUGUACCCAGCCGUGUGCUGAUCACUGAGCUCCUGUGGCAUGUGGAGGAACGGGAACGUCUGGCCCGAGAACUAGAGCGGGAGCACAGGUUGGCCCACAGUGCCCUGGGUCUCCGCUGGUUUCAAAAGUACCCCCGGUUACGAACCCUCAUUCCCUCAUCGGAACUACACCAACUGGAGUUUCUGUGUGCCCAGGUCCCACCUAUCCACGCAGCCACCGUCCUCACCAGGUUUCGAGAGGUGCUCGCAACCAACAACGUCAGGCCCUGGGAGUUGGCCUCUGUCUUUAAGCAGGUUCUGAUGGACUUCCUGAGCCAAAGAUACUAUGAUGAAGAGGAUGACGUCUCAUUGCAGCCAAAGUACUUCAGACCAAUGGAGGCAUGGACCAGCCGUUACAAAAUUAAGCAAGGCUUUGUCACGCCAACAGUCCCCAACUGUGGAGAACACCCAAGAGAAGAGAUCCCAACAGUCUCUGGAUAUGUGGAUCGGGCCAUGCGUCAGCCAGGUUCUUUCUGUCUCAAGAAAGACUGGGACCUUCCAUACUUCUAUCCAUCACCCCUCAAGCCCAAAGGCGCGUAUAGCACAACGCUGUGAGAGGAAACACACUUGGCCUGGCUAAUUCAGACGUUUCACAUUAGAAAACCAGCAUCUGAUCCAUAGCAUUGACAUGAAUAAAUUAUUUGUAUUUGUUGUAGACAUUCAAAGUUUGUGAUGACCCUGUGUUAGUAAAUGUUUGAACACCUUUAUAUAAAAAAUAGCAUUGAGUAGUUUUGAUAUUGUUCUUUUCCAAAUUCCUUUCUUAAUGGGGCGACUGGUUGAUGUAAUUCGGAUAAUAAAGUCCAGUUAGACCUAAUCUAUUUUGGAUUAAUUUCCAGAAGGUAGAAUGUCAUGUAGUUACAUAGAUCAGGUACAAAAUGCAGAUGUUUUUUUCGAGCUUUUUAGUCGAAAGAUGUCUUUACUUUGUAACAGCUCUGUAACAGAGGCUAGUGCGAUUGUUGUUUCAUUCAAUUCAUUGUACAACAGCAAACACAAGAAUUAACAUCAAAUACUCUAGAUGGAGAAAGGGACAACUUAGUAAAUAUUUUUACCAAUCAGUUUCCAAC